AUGUCGGCACAUCUCCUUCGCCCGCAGGCGUACCUGUCUAAUAAGGAAGUCCUCGAACUUGCCCAACAAGCGCCAACGAUCCUACGAAAUAAUCCCAAAGCCUUCUCCACGUCGCCGCUCGUCUCGCUCUUCACCGCUUCAGAAACCCCGGAGCUAUGGAUGAUAUACGAGAACCUCUUGAUAGCUUGCCUAAGGACAGGAGAUGACUUGUCUGCUUUUGAGUUCCUGGAAAGGCUGGUAGAGAGGUUUGGCGGCGAGAACGAGCGGAUAAUGGCUUUCAAGGGGCUUACGAAAGAGGCCAAGGCCGCCAAUAACGCCGAGCUAGAAGAGCUCUUGAAAGAGUACGAUUCCCUCCUGUCUGGACAAGACGGACAGACAAAUAUUCCAAUUGCGAAACGUCGUGUUGCGUUGCUCAAGUCUUUGGGACGGACAUCGGAUGCCAUUGCGAACCUAGUGAAGCUACUGGAUUAUUCGCCGACGGACGCUGAAGGGUGGUCGGAACUGUCCGACCUGUACCUUUCGCAGGGCCUCUAUGCCCAGUCAAUCUAUGCACUCGAAGAGGUUCUUGUUCUCCAGGCGAACUCUUGGAAUAUGCAUGCAAGGCUCGGCGAGAUUCUCUUCAUGGCGGGGACCUCGUUGGCAGAUAACAGCUCUACAAGGUACCUAGCGGAAUCCGUGAAGAGAUUUUGCCGGAGCAUUGAACUAUGCGAUGACUAUCUACGAGGAUACUACGGGCUAAAACAGGUUACGGAGGCGUUGCUUCACGAUCCCAAGGCCCUCAAGCCUUCCAAGCAGGCAGACGAAGAAGGCAUGUCUGUGCCAUCCAAGGCAACUCUGGAGGCACUGAACCAGCAGGCGACGGCAAAACUCAGCGAGAUUGUAAGGCGGUGUAGUGCCGGUGACACGCACUGGCAGGGUUAUGCGGAAGCCGAGAUCGAGGCCGUUAAACAACUUCUCACCAAGGAUGAGGCCCAGGUUGUACGAUAA